AUGAAAGGAGCUUACCCAGUGCAGAUCUUGACUGUAGUUGGCUUAGAUUCUAACAAUGGUAUAUACCCAUUAGUAUACGUCAUUGUUGAGUUUGAGAACACACAAAGUUGGAAAUGGUUUCUAGAGUACCUGGGAGAUGAUUUAGACCUGUCACAACUUUCAAACUUCACUUUCAUAAGUGAAAGACAAAAGUACAAAGAUAGGUUAUGGAACUGUGCCAAAGCAACAACAGUGCAAGAAUUCAAUCGUUUGAUGAAAGAUCUUAGUGAAUAUGACAUAGAAGCUUAUGAAUGGUUGAAGAAGAUCCCACCACAACACUGGGAUAGAAGCUAUUUCACAGGUAGACCAAUCAUAGACACAAUUUUGAAUAACCUAUGUGAAGUUUUUAACAGUAAACUGAUAGAAGGUAGGGAUAAACCAAUAAUCACAUGCUUAGAGUACAUUCGGGAGUACAUGAUGAAGAGGAUUUGCAAUGUGAUAAAGGUUCAACAGAAGUGUGUAGGUCCAUUGACUCCAAUAGCAACAAAGAUCAUGGAAACAAACACAACAAAUGCUUCUAACUACAUAGCCAGGUGGAAUUCCUCAGACAAGUAUGAAGUACAAGGACCAUGGCAAGAUCAACAUGUUGUUCACAUGGGCCAAAGGGUAUGUAGCUGUAGGAAAUGGGAAUUAACAGGAAUUCCUUGUAGGCAUGUAAUUGCAGUCCUGUUUGAUAAAGCUGACAAUGGUGAGGAGGUCGGUGAACUUUACACUUAUGUACACAAGGUGCAUUGGCUUGAAACCUGGAAAGAGGCUUAUUCCUACAAGGUAGAACCAAUCAAAGGUCGUAUCAUGUGGCCUGUUAGUGAUUGUCCUAUGAAGAUUACCCUCCUCCACAUCGUAAUCAGCCUGGUAGGCCCAAGAAGAAGAGGUAAAGAUCCAUGGAGGAAAAAUCUCAAAUUAUGGCUCAAAGUCAGAGCCAAACUCAAAGUCAAAGUCAAACAAUUGGUGCUAGUGGUAUAGAUGGUCAUGGUCCAGGGGGCAGUGGAAAACUCACAAGAAAGUUCAUUACUGUCACUUGUAGCAAGUGUAAAAACAAGGGACAUAAUGCAAGAACAUGUAAGGGGCAAAGAGGAAAUUGAUGUGUUGUCUUGUUGGAUUAAGACUGUGUAAUGUGUUACUUUUGGGAACUAUUGUGAUGUUAUUUCGGCUGUCUGUUUUAUGGUUUUGAUAAUUUGGAAAACUUUACCCUCUGUUUAGAAUGAUGUUUUUUUUGGUCAUGUAACAAGAAUUUGGUAUGUGCAAACAAUUGUUAUUUACUUUGGAUGUUCUUUUGUUUA